AUGACGCCACAUCCACAACAGAUAGCGCUGGAACAGUCGCUUCUUUAUCCGGAGGAAUUUUGGUCUGGUCCCGCAGAGCGGCUCCACUGGCACCGCAAGCCAUCCAGAGCUCUGACACUCCAAUCCAAGACUCUCCCUAGCGGGGUCAGGCAUGAACACUGGUCCUGGUUUGCCGAUGGUGAGAUCUCCACAACCUAUAACUGUGUAGAUCGGCAUGUGCACAAUGGACUUGGAGACCAGGUCGCUAUCAUUUGGGAGUCACCGGUUACGCAGACAGCGGAAAAUUUUACUUACAAGCAAUUACUGGAUGAAGUCGAGGUUCUUGCAGGGGUUUUACGGGAGGAGGGGGUCCGCAAAGGCGACGUGGUGAUCAUCUACAUGCCCAUGAUACCCGCGGCGCUCAUCGCUGCGCUUGCAAUUGCCCGGUUGGGCGCCAUCCAUGCAGCUGUGUUUGGCGGAUUCGCCGCGCAGUCGCUAGCGCAACGCAUUGAGGCUGCACGUCCCCGCGCCAUCAUGACCGCCUCAUGCGGAGUUGAGGGCUCCAAGGGCCCCAUUCCAUAUCGGCCGCUGGUGGAAGGGGCGGUUGCGGCGAGCAAGUUCAAACCCAGCAAGGUGAUUGUGUGGCAGCGAGAUCAACUACGCUGGAACUACCCCGAUAAGCUCGGUGGCCAGCGAAACUGGCAGCGACUUGUUAAGAGUGCUCGCAUGCGUGGUAUCCGGGCCGGUCCGGUACCUAUCAAGAGCACCGAUGGACUCUAUAUCAUUUAUACGAGCGGCACCACCGGGUUGCCCAAGGGGGUGCUUCGAGAGGCUGGCGGUCAUGCCGUUGGGCUUGAACUAUCGAUUCGAUCUUUGUUUGGAAUCAAAGGGCCGGGUGAUGUGAUGUUCUGCGCCUCCGACAUUGGGUGGGUGGUUGGACACUCGUACAUUCUGUAUGCACCGCUGCUGGUCGGCGCAACCACGGUUCUCUUCGAGGGCAAGCCUAUCGGCACGCCUGAUGCUGGAACAUUCUGGCGCAUUAUAGAGAAGCAUGGGGUUAAUACGCUAUUUACGGCACCAACAGCCAUGCGAGCUAUCCGCAAAGAUGAUCCGGAUGACAAGCUCUUCAAGGAAGUUGGACAGCGCGGCGGGCUGAAGUCUCUUCGAGCGUUAUUCCUUGCGGGUGAGCGAAGUGAACCUGGCAUUGUGAACGCGUAUCAGAAUCUUCUGACACAGUUUGCGGCACCUGGUGCUCUCGUCGUUGAUAACUGGUGGUCUUCCGAGUCCGGAUCACCUAUCACUGGAUUGGCACUGAACAGCAGCGCCGCCGUUCCCAGUACAGUCGCCACAGGAGCCGACCAUCCUCUUGCCAUCCGGCCAGGGUCAGCAGGUCUGCCGAUGCCCGGAUUCGACGUACGCAUCGUCGACGACGAUGGUAAUGAGGUCCCUCGUGGAACAAUGGGGAACAUCGUCAUGGCCCUACCACUAGCACCCACAGCAUUCACAAGCUUAUUCCAGGAUGAAGAGAGAUUCUACCACGGAUAUCUAAAGCGCUUCAAUGGACGGUGGGUAGAUACCGGGGAUGCGGGAAUCAUCGACGAAGAUGGAUACGUGCACAUCAUGUCCCGAUCGGAUGAUAUCAUCAAUGUAGCCGCGCACCGUUUGAGCACAGGCGCCAUCGAACAAGCAAUCCUGUCUCAUCCAUCCAUCAGCGAAGCCAGCAUCGUCGGAAUCCCAGACCCCCUCAAGGGUCAACUCCCCUUCGCAUUCAUCCAGCCUCGACCAGGUACUGAUGACCCUAAUCCGUUGUCCGUAACACCAAGCAAGCGGCUUUUUAAUGAGGUUAACGCGCUGGUCCGCGAACAAAUCGGUGCCAUCGCUUCGCUGGGCGGCGUGAUCCAGGGUCGGGGGAUGAUUCCUAAGACUCGGAGCGGAAAGACGCUACGGCGAGUGCUACGGCAGUUAGUUGAGCAUGGUGUUGAGGGGCGAUAUGAUGCGGCAGUCAGUGUACCGCCGACAGUUGAGGAUGCGGAGGUUGUUGAGGUUGCGAGGGAAAGGGUGAAAGAGUAUUUCGAGAAGAAGAUAAAGGCAAAACUUUAG